AGUAUUGAACAUUGGUGAACCUCAAGGGUGUAAGCGAUAACAUAGCUCGAAAACUAUCAACUCCUCUCACUGCCCCUCUUUUCGAGAGCAGCAGAUAAACCCUCCUAAAAUCCUUGAGGUGAACAGCGUCAGUUUCAAGUCCUGCUCGCAGCCAUUGAUCUUCUCUCUGAAGGUUUCUUCACAAUUUUCCAUUAUGCUAAAACAGUUUCAUACCCCCAGAUCUUUAGUCCUUUUCUGCACUACUAAACCCCUUUGGAACUUAGAAAUAUCUAUGAAUUUUUCAUGUGGGUUUCUCCCGAAAUCUCACCAACAUUCAAUUACUGUUAGAAGUUUUUCAACGAAAAUUGCAGAGGGUAGUGAAAAGAGUCUUCCUUGGCUUGGAAAAGAUAAAGUGAAACAAACUAAAAGACCUGAAAAGGUGGUUGUAAACAGGUCUUCUUGGGGGGAAUCGGCUGACAAGUUGUUUAAAGGUGCAGAGAAAAGUGUAGAACUUAAGAGAUAUGAGGAUAGACGAGACAAUUAUAAGAGCACAACUAAUAGUGGAGAAGAUGAUGAUGAAGGAGAAAUGGAUGAUCCGAGAUGGGAUAAGAUUAAGAGCAGGUUCAGUCGGAUUAAGGUAAGACCGGGGUCUGAUAGGCCAGAGGUUAGAAGGUGGAACAAUCAAGAUAGUUGGGGUAAAAAGACAUGGAAAGAGGCGUCUGAAUCAACCCUACCGAGAAUGAUAGGCGAGGGGGUUUAUGGUGUUGGCCCUGUUUUAGCUGCAUUGUCAGCUGGAAGAAGAGAAUUUUAUGGUCUCUAUAUUCAGGAAGGGUUGGAUCUGAGUGGGAAUAACAGGAAGAAGAAGGAUAAGAAAGGGUUUGAGAGAGUUUUGAGGACAGCGGAGAAAGUUGGAUUAAGUAUAAAGGAAGUAUCUAAACAUGACCUCAAUAUGAUUAGUGAUAACAGGCCUCAUCAGGGACUGGUCCUUGAUACUUCUCCAUUGGAAAUGGUUGGUAUCAAGGAAUUGGAACCUGUUUCAAUUGAAGAAGAUACCACUCCUCUUUGGGUUGCUUUGGAUGAGGUUACUGAUCCUCAGAAUUUGGGUGCAAUUAUACGGUCUGCUUACUUUUUCGGAGCUUCUGGGAUUGUUUUGUGUGCUAAGAACUCUGCUCCAUUGAGUGGGGUAGUGAGCAAAGCAAGUGCCGGCUCACUUGAAUUAAUGGAGCUGAGGUCUUGCAAGAAUAUGAUGCAAUUCCUAACGUCUUCGGCAGAAAAUGGAUGGCGGGUCCUAGGUGGUUCUGUUUCUUCAAGAGCUGUUCCGUUGCAUGAGAUUGUGCCUGGUGCUCCUACAAUACUUGUUUUGGGAAGUGAAGGGACUGGUCUGAGACCAUUGGUGGAGAGGUCAUGUACUGAAUUAGUUAGAAUUCAGGGAAAUAUCCCUUUGGAUAUAAUCGCUGCAGAAGAUGAGGAUGCUGAGAGUGAUGAUAGUAUUUUAGGUCAGAACUUUAGGUCCUUUAUGGCUGUGGAAAGCUUGAAUGUAAGUGUUGCAGCAGGUGUGCUUCUUCAUCACUUGAUUGGUAGCAAAAACAACUAACAACAAAAGCAAGCUUAUGUAAUUUUGAUUGUUUCAGUGAUAUUCAUUUGCAUUUUCUUGGCCUUCUUUCUGUGCUAUAACAAGGAAUAUUUUACAACACUUUUCUUUCGGAAGUACGCAUACAGACAUUUGGUGAUUUUUCUGUAAUGGAUUGGCUUUGUUGGCAUUGCAUCUCAAAUUGCUCUGUCCGAGAUUGUUAAGGUUUUGUUGAACUUAGUUCAGCUUGUGAUAUUUCUAUGCAAGGAUUUGGUUGUUCUGGA